AUGAGGGAAGAGGCAGACAGCAUGAUGUGCAUGGGCUGCUCAGGGGGCUGCGUAGCAGUAGGGGGGAACCAUGGGUUCAGGGACACACCAGCCCAGGACCCCCAACCAGAGCCGGAACCUGAGGAGGUGCUAGACCUGAGCCAACUGCCACCUGAGCUGCUCCUGGUGGUGCUGAGCCACGUGCCCCCAUGCAUGCUGCUGUGCUGCCAGAUACACGGCGGCUGGCGUGCCCUGGUGCACAGCCAGGCCCCGUGGCCACUCAUGCUGGCCCGGGACCACCGCGCUCUGUUGCUGCUCAACCACAGCGGCCUCUACUUCUGUGAGAAAGCGCAGAUGGAUCGAUGCAGCCUCAGGUGUAACCCCUGCGGCCAAGAAGGCCUCCAGAAAUGGAUGGUGCAGCAUGCUGGGGAUGGCUGGGUGGUGGAAGUGAACAAGUCAAGAGGGGCUAGAGCUCCCUUGCAGAGCUGCUUUGUGUCUUCCUUCAGCGGAUGUGGCAAGAAGCAGGUCUUAGACCUGGAGGAGCAGGGUGUGUGGCCAGAACUGCUAGAUGGUGGCAAGAUUGAGAUCUGCAACCAGACGGUCCUGAGUAAAUUCUCUGCUAGGCCUGAUCCCGACCAGCAGUGGAACAACAAUGUCCGCUUUCAGGUCACUCACAUGUUCUCCAUCAAGAUGGGCGGCCACUUUGAGUCUUUCGAACAGUGGGGCCAAGACAUGCAGCUCUGGGCUGGUCGCUAUGGAGCCCGUGUGAUCAACUGCAGGGUGAUCAUGCCAGCCUGUGUGUCUUACUCAAGGGCUGUCCUCACCAAACAACCUAACUGGGACCUUCCAGCACCUGGGAUCAUUGGCCAGGACUUCUCAUUAACCAAGGACAUGUACUUCCCUGACAUCCUGGCGGCCAUGGAGGACCUGCCGCUGAAGGACGGCGACCAGGCGAACUCGAGCGUCCAGAGGAGGCCGGGAAUCCAGCCCCCGCCUUCGCGGGGGCUCAGCCGGCAGGCAGGAGGUCGCAGAGCUGCACCCAGCACUCCGGCCUCGCUCCACCGGCGGAGCCCCAGGUGGCCCCUGUUCCGGCCCGCUGCCCGCAACGUGCGCUUCCAGACCACACGGCCCACUGGCUUCUCGAAGUCUGGCUCCGAAACCAAAUAA